CGUGGAUGAAAUGGUGUGCAUAUAGGGAAGGCAGAGGAUGGGUUUUUGGGGAUGAUUGUUAUAUAAAAAGGACUUGAGCUCACUGAAUCGAUCUCUUAACGUGCCCGAAACCCGGGGAGGCUGGUUUAAAAUCUGGAUGCUGUGUGAAACUUUGCGGCUGACUGACCUUCUAGAGUUCAGGUGAAUUUAGACCAGAGACAGCGGUGAGGAUGGGAGGUGGAGGCCAGCAGACGGAGCCAGGAGAGCCUGCCAGCGGGAAAGCUAAAGGUGUUUACACCUGGGAGGAGGUGCAGAGCCACUGCAGCAGGAAUGAUCAAUGGCUGGUCGUCGAUCGAAAGGUUUACAACAUCACUCAAUGGGCCAAAAGGCAUCCAGGAGGGUCUCGCGUCAUUGGCCACUAUGCUGGAGAGGAUGCCACGGAGGCAUUCACUGCUUUCCAUCCUGAUCUUAAGUUUGUGCAAAAGUUUCUGAAGCCGCUGCUGAUCGGAGAGUUGGCGGCAACAGAGCCAAGCCAGGACCGGGACAAAAAUGCAGCCCUCGUGCAGGAUUUUGAAACUCUACGAGAUCAGGUGGAGAAAAAUGGUCUGUUUCGAGCUCAGCCUUUGUUUUUCUUCCUCCACCUCAGUCACAUCAUUCUCAUAGAAGCCCUUGGAUGGCUUAUUGUUUCAAUGUGGGGGACGGGCUGGAUCCUGACCUUACUUUGCUCAGUUUUGCUGGCAACUGCUCAGUCACAGGCUGGAUGGCUGCAGCAUGACUUUGGUCACCUGUCGGUCUUCAAAAAGUCCAGCUGGAAUCACCUGGUUCACAAGUUUGUCAUUGGUCAUUUAAAGGGGGCUUCUGCCAACUGGUGGAAUCACCGACAUUUCCAGCAUCACGCUAAACCCAACAUCUUCACCAAGGACCCCGAUAUCAACAUGCUGAAUGUCUUUGUACUUGGCCAGACUCAACCUGUUGAGUACGGGAUAAAGAAGAUCAAAAACAUGCCCUACAAUCACCAACACCAGUACUUCUUUCUUGUGGGACCACCGCUGCUCAUUCCAGUUUAUUUCUACAUGCAGAUAAUGAAGACCAUGAUAUCCCGGCGUGACUGGGUGGAUCUGGCGUGGUCCUUGUCGUACUACUUUCGAUUCUUCUCCUGUUACAUUCCCCUGUAUGGCGUGUUUGGCUCAUUGGCACUCAUGUUUUUUGUCAGGUUUUUGGAGAGUCACUGGUUUGUGUGGGUGACUCAGAUGAAUCACAUACCGAUGGACAUCGAUCAUGAAAAGCACAGGGACUGGCUGACCAUGCAGUUACAAUCCACCUGUAAUAUUGAGCAGUCAUUCUUCAACGACUGGUUCAGUGGACACCUCAACUUUCAAAUCGAGCACCACUUGUUCCCUACGAUGCCGCGCCACAACUACCACCUGGUUGCCCAACAGGUCCGCGCACUCUGUGAGAAACAUGGGAUUCCUUACCGGGUGAAAACUUUGUGGCGAGGCUUUGCUGAUAUUGUCACGUCACUGAAAAGCUCGGGGGACCUCUGGCUUGAUGCAUAUCUCCAUAAAUAACAGACGGCAUUUCCUCCACUGAUGUAAAGGAAGUGUUUUUCUCUUUUUCAUCAGAAACCGAUUGUAUCCAUUAUAAGUUUAAAAUUCAGUCGAUAUUGUGGGAGGAUUUUUCUCAUUGUUGGUGUUAUUGUUAAGUCUUUGUUUGGUUUUCAGAUUUGCUGAUUUUUAUAGAUCACAGGGUUUUCAAAAGUUGCCUUAAGAAUAUCUUGAUCAGCAGCAGUGUGAUGUUAUAAGCACAGUUGUGAAACUUGCCCCUGUGACUUAUUUAAAAUGAGUUUUCAUAUUUCUAACUUGUGAUACUAUUUGAAUGAUUAAACAGGAUCAUUUGUUUUGACUCAAACAACAAACUAUAUAUUAAAAUGUUUAUUAUCUCCUGUCUAACGUGUAAUUUUGUGUAACUUAAAAUACAGCUCUUCUGUUCUGCUGUUUCAGUAUACAAUAAAGAAACCGUGUUGAAAGAAA